AUGGCACUGCCGGUUGCUGAUCUUCCCGUGCUGCCCGCCGACGACUCAAUGUUGACGCGCAGAUUCGGCCGCGAAGUGGCCAACUACUUCUCCGGCAGCCCUCUCAACCGGGUCUCCUUCUUGCGGACAGACCAUGCCUUUCUGCAGGCAGCCUUCGCCCACCCUGCCGCACGCUUCCUGCUGGUCGACAACCUCGCGCCGCUCGUCCACAACACCACGCCGCCUCGACUCGCCUGGUCUCUCCUGUCCGACGUUGCGCCAUUAACGGGCACUCUGCCGUUUGCAGGAACCGAGGAAGACGCCGCCAAGAACUUCAACUCGGCCAAUGACCCGCAUCCCAUCAUCCUCUUUCUCGGCAUUGACGAGAAGAGCAAAUUCGCCGAGCCUUCCACCGCAGCUGCCCCCCCCAGCUUCACCUACAGCACAUUCAAGGGCAACCCAUACUUUGCUGUCGACGUCACUCCCCGUGGCGGACUUGCUGACCGGGCCAAUGCUGCGAUCGAGGCCGCCAAGGCCAAGGGCCUGACUUUUUUUACGAAUGCAAGAGGCAUGAACCUCGUGGCCGAAGAAGCGGCUGCUUAUGGCCAAGCACGUGCUCUCCUAGACUGGAAUGCACGCAACCCGUUCUGUGCACAGUGCGGCCAGCCCACGCUGUCGGUCAACGCGGGCACGAAGCGUGUGUGCCCCCCAACCGACCUGGCCGGUGUCGCGGAUGGUCAGCCGGCCGUGGACCGCAAGCCGUGCGCCGCGCGCAAGGGCGUCUCCAACCUGAGCUUCCCGCGGACGGACCCGACCGUGAUCAUGGCCUGCGUCAGCGCCGACGGCAGCCGCGUCCUUCUGGGCCGCAACAAGCGUUUCCCCAAGGACUGGUACAGCACCCUGGCCGGUUUCCUGGAGCCGGGCGAGUCGGUCGAGGAGGCGGUGCGCCGUGAGGUCUGGGAAGAGAGCGGUGUCACUGUCGGUCGCGUCGUCAUCCACAGCUCGCAGCCAUGGCCGUUCCCGGCCAACUUGAUGAUCGGCGCUGUCGCCAUCGCCCAGCCCGGUGAAGGAGAAACCAUAUUUUUGGGCCACGACCCCGAACUCGAAGACGCCCGCUGGUUCUCCAUGGACGAGGUCCGCAACGCGCUGCUGCACAACACCGCCGGCCUGGACGAAGCUGUCAAAGCAGGCUACAAGGAAGGCGACUUACGGCUGCCGCCACGCACGGCCAUUGCAAACCAGCUGCUGGUGGCUGUCGCUGAGGGUUUCGCAGAUGCAAACGGCCCCAAGAUUUAA